UUUAUAUGACGUUUAUUACAAUAUGCAUACGGUGACAUUAAAGAUUGAUUAGGUAUUCUCCAAUUGAAAGUGAUUUUCAAAAUGGCGGAGGGAAGCGAGUUGCCAGAAGAUUGUGUUUUAAAUUCAAAAUAUGUUCAGAUUCCUCUGGAAGCGCUGAAUUCAAGUUGCAGAAGACACAUUGCUUUACACUUAAACUUAGAAGGAAGUUUAAAUGAAGACGUUAAUUUGAUGAAUGAUUUCAGAGGACUGGCAGAAAUGGUCGGUUUUGGCUAUUUAGAAAUUAAGAAUUUCGAGAGAGAGAAAAGUCCGACAGAGCAGUUACUUGAAGAUUGGACCUCCAGACCAGAAUUCUCACCAACUGUAGGAAACUUGUGGAGUUAUUUGAUGUCUUUAGCAAGGUUUGAUGUUCUCACUGACAGUAAAAAAUUCAUUGAGAGAGAUUGUGACAAAUAUAUUGAAGUCAAAUCCAGAUUUAAAACUAACCAGAAACCAAUUCAGGAUAGCACAGUGUCGCAGACAUUAGAUCAUGAUGUUGAUGAAUCUGCUGUUAUGACUGUCAAUGAUGUUAUUAAAGGCAUCCCUACAAUAUACGAUGCAUUUGUGUGCUAUAACCCAGAGGGAGAAGACUUGAUAUUUGUACGGAAACUUAUAGAGAAACUUGAGGAUGAGAAUGGUCUGAAACUGUUUGUACCAUGGAGGGACGACCUUCCUGGUGCCUCACACAAUACUGUUACAGCUAAACUGAUUGAACACAGAUGUAGGAGGAUGAUCAUUGUUAUAUCACCCAGUUAUUUGCAGAGUUCAGCUUGUGAUUUCCAGACAAAAUUUGCUCAUGGUCUUUCACCAGGUUCACGAAAUAAGAAACUGAUUCCAGUGCUGAUACAAGACUGCACCAUUCCUGAAAUUUUGAGACAUAUCACCUGUUGUAACUACACAAGGAAAGAAUUACUGGAGUGGUUUUGGACAAGGCUUGUAUCCUCACUAAAGGCACCUUUAAAUCCGUCUGAAUGUAAGUUCCGAAACCAAACUGAAUUAAAUACGUUGAAUCUGGAUACUUCAUCAUCGGUACCUGGCUGGUCAGAUUCAAGUUCUAGCCAGGGGUCAAGUUCAUUGUCAAGCGUUGGUUCCAGUGGAACGUCAGGGUCAUCGUCAAUGAGUACAUCAACUUAUUCCUCUGGUUCCUCCUCGGAUACAAGAGGUAAUGAUUACAUUCAGCCGACAGCAACCUACCCACCUUAUCUGGAACUGUUAUCUGCCUCUCCACCAUUACCCAGGAGAUCAAAUGAUUAUGAACGAAUCAGUAAUAUUCGUCGUUUACAAGGGGUGGAUAACUCUGCUUCAAAUGAAGUUGUUGCUGAUACUUAUGGUCAAAGAACAGCUCAUUACACUCAGCCAAUAGCUACUCAGGAUAGAAGUCAGUCGCCUAGCAAUGCAGCCAAUCGGGGAUACCAGACUUUGCAGACAUCAAGUUCAGCAGACGGACAGACGCAGCAGAAUUUGUCCCCUCUUGCUAGAACAGAUCUGUCAUCACAAAGCAGUUCUCCAGGUGUCAAUCGACGACCUGUCCCACCAAUUCCUACACAAAACUCCUGUAAACAAAAUGAAGCAAGAGAAUAUUUUUGCUGAAAGGAUACAUAUUGUGGACCUAAAUGUAACAGAGUACUGGGAUCACAUCUUAAGCUCCCCUGAGUAUUAGUGCCCUGAGGUGAGCUUUUGUGAUGGCACUGUGUUAGUGAUCUAUCAUUUAUUGUUUCUUAUAAUAACAUCUCAGUUGAGUGACCUAGGGCCAAUUAUCUGUCUUGUUCGUUUAAAAGGAUCUGUUUUAUGAUAGCUUUUAUCACAAACUGUCAUUACGGACAUAUACUGGAAGCAUAGACAUAUCAAAUACAGUGUACAUACUGUAGAAAAUGAAAAAGUAUACAUUUUACAUUCUUAUUUUAAUGCUGAGAUAAAUUGUUUAAAGAUACAUGUUUUUUAUUGGAUAUCUCUCAUUUUGCAUUUGAAAUUUCUUUCAUGCUAUCAGCUGUAUAAAGAUGUAUAUAGAUAUUGGCAUUUAUGAAAUAAUAUGCUUUUUAGAAACAUUUAAGUGCUGUUUUAUAUUGUAUGAUAAAUUUUUCAACUUAGUUUUUGGGCACUUCCAUUACAUAGUGUUUAAAGUUACCAACCUUAAGUCUGUAGCCAUUACUGCUUAUGGUUUGAAUCUCACUAGGACUUCAGGUAGUUUAUGAAAAGGCCAGUGGUUCCACAUAUGGGCCUAAAAAUUCUUGAAAUACCGAGUUACCUGAAUUUUGUUUUGUAAAGUAACAUCUACAGUGUUAGUGAGACUUUGAAACAUUGCUCAACAAGUUUCAACUGUUUCAGAGUGGUGUCCUCAGCCAAUGGUUUAGGUCAUUGACUUCAAACCACUUGCCUCUCACAGCUCAGGGUUCAAUUCCCGCCAUUGACUUUGGAAUCUUUCAUGUAAGGAAACUAUCCAGCUUGCACCUGGCCAUUGUUGUAUCUUAAAUAAUGCACAAAGAAGCACCUGAGGUCUUCCUGCUCUUGUCGCCAUAUGACCUUUACAAUGUUGAUGAAAUAUAAAACAAAAAAGAAAAAAAAAAACAAGAAAAACUUAUUUCAGAUGUGUUCUUCACCUGUUUAUGUACCUACUUACAAUUAGAAUCAAAAAUAGGUUUGAACUUUUUAUUAGAGUGAAAAAUUGAUCAAACCAUUUUUUUUACCACUUUAGUAGUUAUUAUUAUAAUAAUGUUCAUUUGAAAACUUCUUAAACAUCAUUUUCAAGAAAUAAGUAAUUUCCAUAUACGCCAUGUGAUCAAACACAUUUCAGUAAUGUAACUAAGAUGUUGUUAUGUAUUUUAAGAAAUUUGACAUUAGUAUUGCAUAAUUAUCAUGUUGUUUUUACAUUCUUGUGUUGCUGAACUACUUUGUGUAAUAAAUGUAGCUCGAAUUCUUUAGCAUAAUGUAUUAUGUUGCAACAGAUCAAAAGACCUACUUUUUUCUAUCAAGAUCACUUUACAAUGAUCUAUACACUAAGCAAGCAUUUUCCUUUUACAAAAUGCUAUCUUUUUAGCUCACCUGUCACAAAGUGACAGGGUGAGCUUUUGUGAUCGCUUUUCGUCCGGCGUCCGUCCGUCCGUCAGCCGUCCGUCCGAGCCAACAUUUGAUUAUUAUGAGCUUUAUUCCGUAGUUAAAUAAAGAACAUAAACUCAUAAAAUUCAAAUUAAGAGCUAUUUUUUUGUUUUCAUGAGCUUAUUUUGCUUAUGGACGUUGGUCCAGGUGGUGUUUAUGAGCUGAUUUGCCUCAUAAACAUCAAAUUUUGGUAUGUCCGUCCGUAAACUUUUACUUUAAAUGACAUCUCCUCAUAAACCACUAAGCCAAUUUCAUUCAAACUUCACAGGAAUGUUCCUUUGGUGGUCACCUUUAAAAAUUGUUCAAAGAAUUUAAUUCCAUGCAGAACUCUGGUUACCAUGGCAACCGAAAGAAAAAACUUUAAAUAUCUUCUUUUAAAAAACCCAAAGAGCUAGAGCUUAGAUAUUUGGCAUGAAACAUCUUCUAGUGAGUGGCUACCAAGUUUGUUCAAAUAAAAGCCCUGGGGUCAAAAUUGGCCCGCCCCAGCGGGUCAUUGAUUUUCCCUAUAUGCAUAUAGUAAAAACUUAAAAAAUCUUCUUUUAAAGAACCCAAAGAGCUAGAGCUAAGAUAUUUAGCAUGAGACAUGUUCUAAUGGGUGUCUACCAAGUGUGUUCAAAUAAAAGCCCUGGGGUCAAAAUUGGCCCCGCCCCAGGGGGUCAUUGAUUUUCCCUAUAUGCAUAUAGUAAAACUUAAAAUCUUCUUUUAAAGAACUCAAAGAGCUAGGGCUAAGAUGUUUAGCAUGAAACAUGUUCUAAUGGGUGUCUACAAAGUUUGUUCAAAGAAAAGCCCUUGGGUUAAAAUUGGCCCCGCCCGGGGGUCAUUGAUUUUCCUUAUAUGUGUAUAGCAAAAAACUUAAAAAAUCUUCUUUGAAAAAACCCAAAUAGCUAGAGUUUAGAUAUUAAGCAUGAAACAUCUUCUAGUGAGUGUCUACAAAGUUUGUUCAAAUAAAAGCCAUGGGGUCAAAAUUGGCCCCGCCCCGGGGGUCAUUGAUUUUCCUUAUAUGUGUAUGACAAAAACUUAAAAACCUUUUUUGAAAAAAAACCCAAAUAGCUAGAGUUUAGAUAGUAAGUAUGAAACAUCUUCUAGUAAGUGUCUACAAAGUUUGUUCAAAUAAAAGCCCUUGGGUCAAAACUGGCCCUGCCCAAGAGGUGUCAUUGUUUUUAAUUAUAUGUGUAUAGUAAAAACUUUAAAAAAUCUUCUUUUAAAAAACCCAAUGAGCUAGAGGUAAGAUGUUUAACAUGAAACAUCGUCUUGUGGGUGUCUACUAAGUUUGUUCAAAUAAAAGCCAUUGGGUUAAAAUUGGCCCUGCCGGGGGGUGCAAAGGUCAUUGUUUUACAUUAUAUGUGUGUAGUAAAAACUUAACAUCAUGAAACAUCUUCUAAUAGGUGUCUUCCAAGUUUGUUCAAAUAAAACCCUGGGGUUUAAACUGGCCCCUCUCCGGGGGGCCUAUAUACAGGUGAGCGACCUCAGGGCCAUCAUGGCCCUCUUGUUACAAUUGUUAAGGUGUAAGCUUAUUUUAUAAUUUCUUUCUCUUACUAAAUUAUCAAUUUCUUAAUCUAUUUACCAGGUUAUUGCUUUUGUUUUAUAAUAAGUGUACCUAUAUUGAUAACAUUGUGGGCAUCCAUCGCUUACAUUGUGGGCCUCCAUGGCUUACAUUGUGGGCAUCCAUGGCUUACAUUGUGGGCAUCCAUGGCUUACAUUGUGGGCAUCCAUGGCUUACAUUGUGGGCAUCCAUGGCUUACAUUGUUGGCAUCCAUGGCUUACAUUGUGGGCCUCCAUGGCUUACAUUGUGGGCAUCCAUGGCUUACAUUGUGGGCAUCCAUGGCUUACAUUGUUGGCAUUCAGGGUUGGCAUUGGCCUCCAAAUGUUAAAUCAUGCAUAUUUUCCCCAACAGAUAUUUUUUAUAUCAGAUAUUUACAACGCAAUGAAAGGAAUGAAGAAGUACAAAUGACAAAUAUUUGACAUUUGUUUGAAAAGUGCUAAGGACACAAUAGUUCUAAAAGUGUAGUUUAGCUAGAUUAAAAAUUGAUAAUUGUAGUUUUCCUUUAUUUUUUUUUUGUUGUUGUUCUAAAUUUCUUUGUUUCUUUCACCGUUAAAACCUGCACAUCUCAACUCAUAAAUAGCUGAAUCUGAUUUUUAAAUAUUUUUUGAUACAUGUACAUUGUAUUGGUUGGUAAGUUAUGUCUGUAUAUCCACCAGUCAGUAACCUAUUCCAAUAUGAGAAUCCUUUGAAAUGUGAACCUCAGAUUUUGAUGAUGUUGUUAAUGUUGACUUGUAGAUACAGGUCAUUAGGUCAAAGUUCAUGAAAAAGCUUGUCUCACUUAUAAAUAGGGAAAGUGUUAGCCUACAUUUACACAUACAGAUUAUGACAUUGGUUAGGAGGUCAAGGCAGACAACCACGUAAUUUUGUCCCAAAGUAAUGGCGUAAAAGUUUUAAAUUCCUAUCAAUGCUGAUGGCAAUAGGUCAUGGUCAUGAUGUUUUUAAACAAAAUAUGGCUUACAGUCAUCAGAUGUGUUAAAGUUGGUGGUAAUUUGACGGAUUUGUCCAUAAUUUUUUCACAUACAUUUCAUGUUUUAGUAUGAAUAGAUACACAUGUUAAUUUGAUGAUAUUUCUAAAUAGAUGAUUGACAAAUCAUAACUUAACCUCUUUGGUCAUCUCUGAAGUAUGAUAUUUAAUCUUAUUUUAAAGGGUUUAAAAGCCUAAAAAUAUAAAAUUACAAUUUUUUACAUAAAUGAGCUGGGGCACUUAAAACAGAAGUAUAUACAAAGAUAGUUAAGAAAUAUACUUUGAAAUAAAUUGAAAAUCAUAUUAUUAUGCUUGCAUAAGCCCGAUUUGAGUGAAAAGUGUUUAAACACUUUUCAUUUUUUUCAAUUUGAAUAAUUAUUCUGGGAAAACAAAGUGCCCGAAUGAUCUGAAAUUUUGCACAUAUAUUAAUGGUCUAAACCUACAUCCAAUGGUACAUUUAUCUGGAAAAAAAUAUUUUCAGUCCAAUCAUGUCAAAAAACCUCAUUGGAGUCCCUUUAAGGAGAGCAGUGGUUAAGGUGUCUGUCCCUCAGCCCAGAGAUCAUGGGUUUGAGCCCUACUCGGGUCACGAUCAUGUUUCCUCAUAUGACACCAUUACUGGUUAGUUCCAGGAAGCAGACUUGAAAGUGAUUAACAUAAGAUGCAAGAACUUGUUUUGCAAUCGAGCUAAAAUGAAUUUAUAUGUUUAAUCUAAACUUGUUUUACACAUACAGACAAGAGUCCUUGGGGG